UCGCGCAGCGUUCUAUAUAAUGUGAACAAGUUGCCCAAGCGCACACUACCACACUCACGCGCACGCCGCCAACAUCCACCCACUAAAUACUCGGGAGCGGUCAGUCCUGCAACUCCGAGCCCCAGUCAGUCUGCGCGUAAGCAUCCGCCAUUCGGACAGUGCGCGUGCGCAACAGUGAUACUGUGACAGUGACAGUACCCGUUAAACCUUAGCCAUCAUGAACCACUACGUCAAAAUCGCCCUAGUCGUGUGCGCAUGCAUAGCAGUGACGUCGGCUCAGUUCAGCCACUUCGAUGUCGACUUUUCCGACUUCGGCACGAGUUUCGGAGGUCCGACAUAUAAUAACUUCGCUGCUGCAGCCAGAGAUCCCAGGGCUAACCCGGGUCCAGUGCUGUUCCCUCCAUCCCCCAGCGGAGACCCCUCCCAGACCAGUGGCGUGGUCGUAGGAGCAUCAGGCUACGGCUUUGUGCCUCCCGGCUCCCAAGGACCUGCGAUACCAAGAUUCUUCUACAGAAGACGCCUGUAUCUAAGAAGGUAGAGCUAUAUAGUUAAAUAUACACGAAAUGGUGUCUACGUAUGUCUGUUUGUACAAAUGAAUUAUUUAAUUACUGUUCGAGUACCUUUUUGUGUUAAAAUUAAUAAAAUUAUUUGAUUUAUGAACGUGUCAAUGUAUGCAGUGUGUUCUAUAUAUUGAUGUUAAACUGUGUCACCAUUAUUUAAUAUGUUUUAAUGGCUAUGAUAGGCCAUAAUGAUGAUCAUAGCCCUUGACUUGAAAAUAUAAUUUUGUAUUAUCACAUAAUUAUUUUAAUUAAGCCAAAUCUUUAUCAUAAUUAUUAAAUUAUAAUAUACAUAAAGAUUUAUGCCUUGGGUUUAUACAUACGUAAGUGGUGGUAUUGGUACAGGCGGUAACAACAUAAUAUAAUGAAUGAAGACAACAUCUGUUGUCGGCGGUAUUUCCGAACCGAUUAAACCUUCAA